UUGUCAGACGUGUUAUUUGGAGUGGGAGUGAAGGCUAUGGACGAUUUAUCGACUGAUCCCGUCACGCACUGGAUGGUCUACUUUUUUCUGAUCCACGAGCUUUUAAUAAAGUCUACCUGAAAAUGAGACGCAUAGAAAACAAUCGGUGAUUUUCGUGUUUUUCAUUUUUUUUUUUUUGUGGGGGAAGAUUUAGACUUUAAAGGGAUUCUGCUUUUUUGUUUGUGUUUCACUUGGAUAUGGCAUAUCUUUGGAUCCAGUAAGCGAAUUUUACAGCGUCAGACGCGUCUGCAGCGGGGGAGAGCAGUGGAGGGACACGGAAACUUGUGUGGUGCAGGAGACUGUCUCUGAAUCUGCGCUGCCACAGUUGUCACAGACAGAGAAGAGCCAUGGUUACUUCACUCCUACUGAUGCUCAGCUGGACUGUGAUCUCUGAGGUUGUGAGAGCUCAGAAUGACACGGAACCGAUCGUCCUGGAGGGCAAAUGUCUCGUGGUCUGCGACUCUAAUCCGACAACGGACUGGAAGGCUUCAUCCUCUCCGCUCGGCAUCUCGGUGCGCGCCGCCAACUCCAAGGUGGCUUUCUCUGCAGUCCGGAGCAACAACCACGAACCAUCGGAAAUGAGCAACAAAACAAGAAUAAUCUACUUCGAUCAGGUUCUUGUGAAUAUAGGAAACUACUUCACAUUUGAAUCAGUAUUUCUGUCCCCGAGGAAAGGAGUCUACAGUUUUAACUUCCACGUGAUUAAAGUGUACCAGAGCCAAACCAUACAGGUGAACUUGAUGUUGAAUGGGAAACCAGUCAUCUCUGCCUUUGCGGGUGACAAAGAUGUAACUCGUGAGGCAGCCACUAAUGGAGUUCUGCUCUAUCUUGAAAAAGAGGACAAAGUCUACCUUAAGCUGGAGAAAGGAAACCUAGUCGGUGGAUGGCAAUACUCAACGUUUUCUGGCUUUCUUGUGUUCCCUCUGUAAAAAAGAAAAAGAAAAGAAAAAAGAAAAAAAAAAGAAAAGAAGAUUGUAAGCUUACUGACUUCUUCAUAAUGUGUUGUCACAGUAUAAUCAAAACAUUGCUGCUGCAUCAGUUGGAUCUUGCCAAAAUGUUGAAAAAUGAUAGAUGGAAAUGGAUCCCAACAUAGAGAGGAAAAUAGGACUUUGGAAAUGGUUCACGUUCGCUGGAAGUGCUGUGUCCCCGUCCAGAUGAAAGAGAGACUUGAAAUGUUCCCUAUCGCUACUGUAUGUUCCUGUCACUCAAGCAGCCUCAGAGAGGAACACUAAAACAUCUCAAAAGUACUUUUCAGACUUUCACUUGUCGGAAUAUGUUUAGCAUACUGAUGUUUUUUCCCAUGACAACGGUUGCAUUCAAAGACAUCUGCCUUUUGAGAGUAAACCGUAUGCCUGUUACCUGUGUAGCUUGUCAUCAACCAAGUAUUUGUAUUGCUAAGUAAUGGGGAAUGUCUUUUCUGGAGCUAAUUGUUCCAGGAUACGUGAGGGAUAGCAGUAAUGUAGGUCACCGAUUGCCUAAAACAAUGCUAUUGGAAAUUCCUUAAUCAAACAAAGUAAUUUAAAAUUGAUUUAAAAAUUGCUGAAGUGGCCACAAGCCACAACACCUCGUAGGCUUAACCUUCAGAAUUUUACUAAACGAGGCCCACGAACACAGAAAAUUACCACAAAGGGCUUUAAAUUACCAUGAAGAGAAAAAGAUCAAAUGAUCCACAAAGACAUGCACAAAACCACAGUAGCACAAAAAGAUACAAAAUGAGCACAAAACGUACAAAUAAACAAAAACAAACCGAUUGAAAGGACACACAAAGAAAAUGUGAGGUGUCUGCUUUCAGUCGGAUCUCAUUCCUGGCACAUUGACGCUCGAGUUGUGAGAUAAGUACAGGGUGUUCUUUGGUGUAGUGACGCAUCAGGUCACAGGAGCUUGUUUAAAAGUGAAACCAUGAUGUUUUUCUAUACCUAACCGAGUUUUGGUACCUAAACUUAAUCGAUCAACAAGCGAAAACAGAAUAAAACAAAACUCUCGUUUGGAACACCUUUGUCAGGGAAAUAUGAUUCAUGCCAACUGUUUUAAUAGGACUCUUUCUUCUCCGUGUUCAGUUACGCCGGGCAGUCAGACUUAUUUUAGGUAGGAAUUUGGCUUUCAACCACAAUGAAAGCAAGACAAAUCUAAUAAAACAAUUCUUUUGCAUUAAUCGUUUUGCUGUGAAGCUCUCGUUUUGUUUGGUGGUAUUUUGCUUUUGACCCUCUGUAGAAGCCAAAAGUUUCGUGCUGUUUAUUUCAGCACAAGCUUAAAUUAAGAAACGAGAGCUUUUAGUCAACAAUAGGAAGAAGUAAAAGUCCUUAAAGGUUUCUUUAGGUGAGUCAGCAGAAAGACCAUUAAUGAUUGCUUUCAGCUGCUUUUGUCUCCAAGGCUCUCCCAACCAAUCUGCUUUCAGCAGUGUGCAGCCGAGGUGGCGGUUGAUUGCUUCAGCUUUCCAUCACUCUUCCUGUGAUUACCGCGCAGAUCUCAGAAGGCGCAGAAAUCCUCUGCUGCCUGGGCCUUUUGUUGUGCCCUGUGUGUAACUUCUUAUAUCUUGUGAUGGAAGUUUCUGGCCGGUUGCCUUUACAAGAAAGGCUUCAUGGUCAAAAACACUCCCUAUUCUGUCCUGUAGGAGAUCCUGGUAUCCCGAACCAACUCUAUGCCUUUAUUUUUUGUCUUUUAUUUGAAUUUUAAAUAAAGGACUUUUUUUUUUUAAAGUAAAUGUUUGUUAAGUUGACCAUGCUAAAUAGUCAAGAUAACAUAAUAGCAUAAUCAAGCUGUACAGUUUUGCCUCAUCCAAUGCGUCAAGGCACCACUGCUAACCCAGAGUUAAUGGAGAACCAAAGCAGAGCAAAAAGCAAGAAAGAUGGUAGACUUAAAUAUGUCAGGUGAUCAGAAGCAUGACUUUAAAUGAGGACUAGUGCUGCUCUCGAUUUGCUCAAUUGUUCAAUUAACUGGCAACUGUGUGCCAAAAAGCUCACGAAAUCAACUACGAUAACGGCAUAGGUCAGUGUUAUGUUUACAGUGUGUUCGUUUUUCUGCCCAGAGGGCAAAAAAGAAAAAAAUAGAAAAAUAGAAGAAAAAAAAAGAAAUUAGAUACUGCAGUAAGGGAAAGAUUAUGGCUUUGGUCAAAUGUGAAUAAAGUAAAUCGUGCUUCAUGUCUCUGUUGCCUUUUUCUAUCGUGAACAAAGACCAUAAUCUCUCCCUGACCUUAACCAAAUGCUGAGUGCCUCCACACAACCAAGGAAAGUGUUAAGAAUGAAUCAGUGGCGACUGCAGAUAUUGUGCUGUGAGAGCGCAUAGUACUCGAAAACAAAUAUGUUUCUGAACCUGCAGAUAAUUGGAUUUGUGUUAAAAUGCACUCGUUCAAAUUUCAAAGCGUAAAAAACAAAAUUCCUACAUGUGCUCUCCUAAUAGAUCUUACACAAGUCAACUGGUUUAUGGACCUUAAUAAAGUUUAAUGGGCAUCUGAGAACCUUAAUUAGUUAACAUGCUGAUAAUAAACAGAUUCCUGUCACAGUCUGUGAGCAUAAGCCGUUUCCACUGGGUGGCCUGGGAUAACUGAUGAAUUAAUAAACUCCUUAAUUGUUACUCUCCAGCUCAAUGUGCGCUUACAGUAUAUAAUGGUUCCCCUCUUCAUCUCUACAGUAGUUACAGCCCUUGCUGCAGUGUGUGCUGCUGGUGCAGUGUGCAUCUGCACUGUUAAAAAUCAAUCGUAGGAGAGCCUAUUUCCAUCAUUAUUUCGUCCUGAAAUGAAAAGCUACACCCUCAUCAGCUUGAGCCUCUCUGAAGUGUUCUAGAUGUUCACUUUCACUCUUCGAGCGUACGUUUCUGCCUGUUGGUUGUUCACGUAUUAUUUGUCAGUGAUUGAUAACUUUCCCUUGGCAUCACUGUCACAUUUUGUAACCAGAAAGGGAACAUUGAAGAGGACGAUUUUUUAUCUUUCAGUUAAAGCUAAGAAUGAAAAAAGCUCAACAAGGCUCCUGAAAAUUGACAGUUACAGUUGUGUAACUGUCAUGCCGACAGCUGCACAAGAAAAUAAUGCCGAAAUUAAUACUGCAAAUAUAUUCACCGAGAGAGUUCUGUUUAAAAGUUUUUUUAAAAGUACAAGACUGGCAGCAUUUAUUAAAUUCCACUAUGUAUAUUUAUUUUGCUGAAUUGAAAUAAUAUUUCUGGUGUCUAAAUUACAUUUGUGUUUGCUCACAUUGGUGGAAUCAUAAUGACUGUGGAAGCUGGACUGUGCCCCUGAAACGCUUAAAGCUUCAGUUGGUGAUAAUUUUACUCCUUAAUUUUGUAUUUGAACAUAUAAAUGUAAAUCUAUGGGUUCAAAAGUUUUAUCCUGAUCAUCAUUUUUUUUAAAUCAAUGUAUUAAUUGUAUACAUUAAUGUAUAAUUAAUGUAUUGACGAAUCUGCCGUUAA